UCUCUCUCUCUCUGUGUCAUCUGCUACACAAAGCUAGCGCACAAGAUGAGAAGAGCUGGGUUUCAGAUGCCCACCUGCACCUCAUGCUUUCUCUUCAUCUUGGUUAUCCAGGCCAUGACGUUCCAAGUGUCGUUGGCUUCCCUAAAAGUUGGUUAUUAUAAACACAAAUGCCCAUCAGCGGAAACUAUUGUGAGACAGACCGUGCGCAAGGCCAUGAUCCAUAAUCCAGGCAUCGGUGCCGGGCUCAUCAGGAUGCACUUCCAUGACUGCUUUGUUAGGGGCUGCGAUGCUUCGGUCCUUCUCGACUCAACCCCUGGCAAUCCUUCUGAGAAGGAAUCCCCGGCGAAUAACCCGAGCCUACGAGGGUUUGAGGUGAUCGAUGAAGCCAAGGCAAGAAUCGAGUCCGUGUGUCCAUCCACGGUCUCUUGUGCUGAUAUCCUCACCUUCGCUUCUCGCGAUGCUGCCUACUUCGCUGGUGGCAUCCAAUACGCCGUUCCAGCAGGCCGGCGUGAUGGAAGAGUCUCCAUCGAAUCUGAAGUCCUUGAUAACGUUCCCCCUUUCUUCUUCAACGCUGUUCAGCUGGAGAACAGCUUCGCUCGAAAAGGAUUCACUCUUGAUGAAAUGGUCACGCUCUCGGGAGCCCACUCGUUCGGCGUCUCCCACUGCUCGUCGUUCGCUGAUCGUCUCAACACCACCGCCCCGCAGGAUCCCAAAAUGGACCGGAAGUUUGCCGCCUUCCUGAAGUCUAAAUGCUCGCGGGCUGGCAGCGAUCCGACGGUUAACUUGGACGUCGUGACGCCGAAUCGGUUGGACAAUCAGUACUACAAGAACUUGCAGAAGGGCAGAGGGCUGCUGACAUCAGACCAGACCUUGCAAGCCAGCGCAUUGACGUCGAGGCUGGUGGAUACGAAUGCCAAGAGGCCACAGGCUUGGGCUGCUAAUUUCGCGGCAGCCAUGGUGAAGAUGGGAUCCAUCGAGGUUCUCACUGGAGAUCAGGGUGAGAUCAGGAGAACGUGUAGGGCUGUGAACAAGUAUUAGUUCUUGGCGUAAGUUUGCGUUCGGUAGUUUGUGUGUUAUUUCAUCCCUUCCUUCUUUUUUUUUCUGUUGGAUUGGUUUAUCGACGAGGACACAAGUGUGCAUUGCACGAUAAGCAUUGUUCUUUAUCAAUGUCCUUUUUUUUUUUUUCUUUCUGAUAAGAUGAAUGUAUGAAAUAUGACUAAAUUUGUCCAGGAUGUCUGAAGCAGACAUCAUUUCGCAA